GAUCAAGACCAGGAAGAUAUGGAUAGAGGUGUGGCUCUCCAUCAAAAAGGUCUGAAUUCGGCGGUUAUUGACAAGCAAUGGCGUUGGGCAACUGAUGAUGAGAUGAAACCAGUCCUGGAGGCCACGGGUUGGAAUGGCGAACACAAAGCGGAGCCUACAACAGAGGAACUGCAGACAUGGGCAGCUUUGGGGACGCUUCCUCCGGGUCAAGGGGGUCAUCCUAAGACCUCGCGAGGAUUACAAGAAUGGAGUGUGCCAAAUGUCUCCAGAGAUGUCUCCAAGCUUGAGCACCAAAUGCUGGAAAAUGUCAAGCGAUGGACUCCAUGCUUUGACUGGAUACCAAGGCCGCUGGCCACAGGAGAAAAAUUUUUCCUCAUCCUUUACAGCGGCCAUCGCAGAUGCGGUGACAUUGCUUCGUGGUUCCAGUGGGAUGGCCGGGUGCGGCCAAUAGCCAUUGAUGUUGCCGUGGACAAGGAAGCAGGUGACAUCAUGAAUUGUGAUUUGUGGAUUAGGCUCAUCAAAUCACGAAGAGUGGUAGGGGGGCACGCAGGCCCCCCCUGCGAGACCUACACCAGUGCGCGUUGGAACCAACUGGAAGGGGAGGUGUGUCCGCGGCCGUUGCGGGAUUCAGAUCAACCAUGGGGAAGAGACUUUCUGACAUUGCGCGAAGGCCUACAAGUCAAUGUUGGAACAGCCCUGAUGCUGAUGGCACUCCGAUUGUUAGUGACAAUUUUUAUCUUUGGUGGUUCGAUCAGUCUUGAGCACCCGAAGGGCAAUCAAGAAGACACCAGACAAUGGUGUAUCUGGCAAUCGGCCUUUAUGCGGUGGUUGCUCUUGGACGCACAAAUUCAGACCGUGACCUUCCUUCAGGGUCCUCUGGGGCAGAAGUUUGCAAAGCCGACUACAAUGAUGGUGGGUCGCUUGGCUAACUUUGCACACCGUAUUUUUGCCACUUACAACAAAAAGUGGGCUCUAGCUCCGCUGUUCCACGUGGUCCCUGCCUACGCAGUGCUGGUGGUGAAGGGUGAUGCGAACUGCGCGGCUCCCAGGGCCCUAGAUGGGAACUUCUAUUCCUUCGAAUUGGCUCGUGACUUUGAGCCCUUCGUCCAAGCUGUGGAGCGGUCGCUCCUGCGGAGCCCCGAGGGACGAGCGCGUGACAAUGCAGCAGCCUUUUGGGACUUUCUGAGAUACCCCAGUGAUGCAGUUGCCAGCGGGGCGGACAUCUUCAGAUAUUUGGCGCCAUUGGAAGACAUGCUGGAUUUGACCGACGGCAUUGGACCCUGUGCAGCUCCAAGGAAGGGAAGAGUGGUUUCCAUCCCGACUGAGAAGCGAGUAGAGCAUGUCUUUACCAACUGCCAGCCUUUGGAGAGAGACAGCUGCACUGAGCAGGAGCGAGAAUUCAUUGACGCCGCUGAUCUGCAAAGGGAGUCGCAGGUCGAGCUAGAGCUCCUUCGCAUGUCCCAGCUACUGGACAUGUCGCAGUCCACCACUGAGCCGCGCAAUGCGGAACUCUUGGAUCGAAUGGUAAUCCUGAAGCGCCUGAAGCGAGAAAACUCGUGGCGCUUCGGACGUACCUCCUCCAAACAACGAUCCGCCACACCGCGUCGCCAGCUUCGUCAUGCCAAGCGUGGCUGCAGUGCAGCUACACUUGGGGGAAGAUGGACCGAUCCGUUGGUUGUUUCAGGAUGUGUCGACUUGGAACAUGGCAAAGGAGGCAGCGACCUAUUUCCAAGGCCGACAUAUCGACGCACCUGA